AAUACAAUUUACAAUUUUAACUAAAUACGUUAACAGAUCCACAAAGAAGAUGUCGUCAAACCAAGAGUUAAGCCACAACGCCGGAGAAGCCACCGGUCAAGUUCAGCUGAAGAAGGAAGAGUAUUUGAACAAAGUAUCACACGCAAUGGAUCAGAAUGUUGAUCAUCACACUCACUCACAGUCCCACGCAGAACAUGAUCAGAACAAUCCUUCCCUAAUCUCACAGGCCUCUACUGUCAUUCAACAGACAGGUGGCCAAGUGAAAAAUAUGGCACAAGGAGCAGCCGACGCUGUGAAAAACACUCUUGGGAUGAGUCCGGCCACCAACAACCCUAGCAGCCCGGCCGGCAGGACCCACCCGAGCAAUCCUAGCAGUCCAGCCGGAACGACCCGCCCGAGCAACACUAGCUCAAGGAAUAUAUAAACGGAAUAAUUCAAGGAACGUUGGCCUGACUUCUCAAUAAACAUAAACUAAUGUUGUGUUUUAACCUUUUUUUUUAUUGCUUUGGUUGUUCAACUUUCUGAUUGUUUGGUAUUUUUGUUAUGAAUUAAUCGUAUAAUAAUAUCAUCCAUUUCUUUUUAA